AUGCCUGCGGAAGACGACUUUGACUUGUAUGGCGAAAUGGACGCGCCAAUGCAGGACAACGAGGGAGAGCAUGUCGAGACGCUCACAUCAACUCCUGCAACCGCUCUUGGUGAUAAGCGCCCAAGAGAUGAGGAUGAGGGCUACGACGACUUGAAUGUGAACCAGCCGCCUUCAUCUUCCCGUUCCAACUCCGGUCAAACCGGUACUCAAUUCAACUCGAUGAUGCAUGGCCAGUCGCAGAGCAAUGGAACCGUUAAUGACUCGUUGUAUAUCGGCGAUUUGCAAUGGUGGACGACCGAUGAAGACCUUCGUCAAGUCGCGCUCAACGUCGGGGUUUCCAUUGAUCAUAAAGACAUAACCUUCUCAGAACACAAAGUCAACGGUAAAUCCAAAGGUAUCGCGUACUUGGAAUGUGGAGACUAUCAAAACGCGAUGAUGUUAAAGAACUGGUUUGAUAACAAUGAUUUCCAAGGCCGCCGGGCCUCUGCAACGCUAACUAGCUCUGCCCAGGGAAAUCCAUUCCGUACCCUUCCGAAAGGCAUGCAGUUGUGCGACAAUUUGUUUCAAGACUCUAAUCUUCGUCUAGACCCGCCACCCCGUGAGCAACGAAUGCAACAGACCCCACAGCAGCAGACAGGAAGUGUUCCGAUGCCGAGUGUUCCGAUGAUGGCCAAUCUGAUGAAUCGUGGGGGAGCAAAUUUCCGUGGUGGAAUGCGUGGUGGGAUGAACAACAUGAUGGGAAUGCGCGGAGGAAUGCCUGGAAUGGGUAUGCCUGGCAUGAUGGGGAUGCCGGCAAUGGGCAUGAAUAUGGGGAUGACUGGGAUGAAUAUGAUGAACAAUGGCGGAUUUGUAGGACGUGGAGGGCCGCCGCAAGGUCCUCGUGGAGGCGGGAUGAUGCGUGGUGGUCGUGGGAACUUCAAUGGGGGUGGCCAUUUCAACCCAGCUUUCAUGCAAGGUGGUCAAGGAGGGUUCAAUGGGACACCACCCGACGGUCCGAGAAAACGUUACCGUGUCGAUGAAAGUUGA